UUUAAACCCAGACUACUUCCUCUCGACUGAUAUAAGAUGAGAAUGUGGGCUCAAGGGGGCAAAACCCGACCGGCAUCAUGCGAUGGAUCAGGGAAUCGUUUGUACCCAACUGCCGAUCACGUGGGCUGACGCGGACGCGGUGCGGGCGUCGCCUUAAUCAUUUUGCCUUUCGCUCUUCCUCCUUCCGGUUCCCUAUUUCGGUUUUUGCCUCUUUUUUCGCCCGCAUCUUCAUCUUCAUCUUCAUCCUCACUCCCUCUCUCCCUUCUAUAUCUUCCCCUCCCCCUCUCCCUCUCCCUCUCCCUCUCCUCUUCCUUCCACGACAGGUCUCUCUGGGCGCUGCUGCCUUCUUCGUUCGUCUCUACGAGGAUCCGGCACCCGGCACUCGGCACCCCCAACCCCGCCGCCCAGUGAGCCAUGAACCACCCUGCUACCACCACCCUUUUCACUCCCAACCCCAUGCGGCCCGAUCAUGAUCAAUGGGGUAGCACACCACAGUCUCCGAACAACCCCUCCACCACUGCCUCCAAAGCAGCCGCCGUUGGCAUUAUCAAGCCCUCGGCCUCGUUGGAUAAAUCCACACCGAUAGAGUCCCUUCCUUUCGCCGGCCGCGGGAGACAACUCAGCGUCCCCGAGCAGGUGUGCCUGGUCAAUCUGUGCGCGGCGUCCAUGAAUGAUGACGAUGCUCACAACCAUCCGAAAUCUUUUUGGAUCAAGAUCUCCAACAAACUUGAAUUGCAAACCGGCCGUCGCUAUUCCUGGCAGUCAUGCCGCCGCCGUAUUCAGACCUACAUCUCGAAACGAAAGGCCCACUGGGAGGCGUAUGCGAACGGUGAUCCGUAUCCGGGUGUAGACAUUGAUACUGAAGUCUGGGACCUACUGACUUCAUGGUUGGUUAAAUACAACACACCUCGGGAUGUGACAGCCAAAGCUCCGCUGGGGGCGUCUGUUGCACUACCCACCAGAGUAGAACCUCAACCCCCUCAGGUCCCGGAGCCCGUCCGGAUGGUGCCCGAGCAGGGGUUGGUACAGAUCUCGACGAAAAUCGAGCGGGUUCUGGUCUGGUUGAAGAGUCUCCCGCCGUUGGAGGACAUGGAAGCCAUGAGAACAUGGACGGGGUAUGUCGAUCCUCUGGCGGACUGGAUGUCUCGCUCCAAAGUCCGGCGGGAGCGUCGAUUGGUUUUUCAGAAAACCAAAAAUGGCGAAGAGCAGCCUGAGUUUGGUGGUGAUGGCCUGACGGACCCGGCUCUGGCCUAUUUGCCCCAACCUCAUCAGCCCUCUCUUGCACUGCACGACCCCUUGUUACAAGGGACCAAAAGGCCUCGCGAGCUAGAUGAUUCCUUCGCUGAGCGUCCUGCCCAGCGUAUCCGUGUAGACCCUGGGAGCCAUCCUUCCGGCAGUCCUUAUGCCGAGGAACACGCCGACAACGCCCACCUGAAAAGGAAGCUUGUCGAGUCUUACUUUGAAAGCACCUUCGGCAAACUGAUUGACCGGCUAUCUGCUCGAUUCCGGGCCCAGGGUGCCAAACAGCAGGACGCCCCUGGGAGUUGCGAGGCCAUAAUGCGCGAUCUUUUCAAAGACGUCGGAGUGGCGGUUGCAAAGGCGUUAGUCCGAAUGGACGAACCUGCAGUUCAAGAUCAGUUACCGAACUGAUCCAAACAUAUAUUUAGCAUUUAGCGAGUCUUUCGUUGCAUAUUGAUUUUACGCAUGAUCCUAAUGGGUGGUUUUGUGUCAUGUUCUGAGUUUGCUCGUUGUUUGUGUGACCUGGAAUGUUUAUUUUGCCUCAUUUGCAUCGUUAUUACUCAUAUCUUCUUUGUUCUCAUGAGCAGCUGAUUGCCCUAGAGAUACCCUUUGCAUUUGGAGCCCGGAUGUCAUGUCUUUACGUCGGUUUAUUGUUUGGUUUACAUCACUGGAGUGAGCAUAUCUGCAUCUUUGUUAUUAUUAGCACAUAUGGCAUGCAUAGGAUGAAUAGAAUGGACAAAACUUGAUUUCA